UCUCUCCUCUCUCUCUCUGUUCUCGCUCUCUGCUACCAUCUGCUUGGCCAAGCACACAUCAUACAGCAGACGGUGCUUCACGCACACAUACGUACACACGUGGUGCUCCAUCAUCCCCUCCGUCUUUGCGUCUCUCUCACUCUCUCUCUCUCUCUCUGUUCUCCUCUACCAUUAAUCAUUUAUUCUCUCGCUAUUCUCAUUAUGAAAGCUCAGGAUUAAAAAGGGGACUUCCUCAUCAUUCUUCUCUAUUCUUGGUCAGUCUUUGGUAGAUCAGGACUGAAGCAUGUUCGUUUCAGUGGCAGCAGUUCUUGGGGCGACCCUGGGAACCGUGUCUGGAGCACUCACACUCUGUGGCCUGUCAUUGCUCUGCAAGAACUGCAAGAAGAGCAAAUUUGAGGGGGAUGACAGCACCGACUCUGAGAGAGCAAGAGCCAGCAUCUUGCACACACUCACACAGUUCAGUGUGCAGAAAUCUACAGAACCUAUUCAGCCACAGACGUUGCUGAAAUUCCCCAAGAUCUACAAACCUAAACCAUCUGUCACAUCACCUGAGGUUAGGAACCAUAAUGAAAAUGCUGUGACCUCAGAGAAAGCUCUUGCUAAAUCUCCCAGCUGUGACCAAGGAACGGAAAAAGAUAAGGAGGUCACUGCUUACCCACGGCAAGAUUCCACAGAUGAGACCCCCUGUGCUGUCGAGCAAUCCAGUACAAUUACAAGCAGCAGCUCAGUGCUGCACCCUAAACUACAUUUCUCCCUUCGCCUGCACACUGAGAGCAGAGAGCUGCACAUUACCAUUAUAGAGGCUGAGCAAAUUAGCAUGGAGACUGGCAGUGAGGGCUAUGUGUCAGGGUGUGUGAGUGCAUUUGGAGAACAGAAGCUUGCCCAGACAGCAGUACGCAAACUAGCAUCAAGAGUGCAUUGGGGCGAGGCUAUGGUAUUCUCCCUGCCCAGUACAUGUAGUACAGAAAGCACUGAGAGCAUGGAAGGAGAGGUGGCACUGACCUUACACGUGUGCGACCGGUUCUCACGGAAUACAACUCUGGGCACUGUGAGGUUCAAACUGGCAGAUGUAGGCAUGAUGUCAGAUGCUGACUGCUGGGUCAACUUGCAGCCACCAAAACAGAUGGAAGUGCAUUCAACAGGGGAGCUUUUGUUGUCACUAAGCUACCUGCCGGCAGCAAAUAGGCUGGGGGUGGUGGUGAUGAAGGCUCGAGGACUGCAGUCUGAUAAACUUAAAGACACUAUAGACCUCUCAGUGAAGCUGACUCUGAAGCACCAGAGCACCAAGCUAAAGAAGAAGCAGACCCAACGUGUCAAGCACAAAAUCAAUCCGGUAUGGAAUGAAAUGAUGAUGCUAGAGCUCCCCAGAGAGCUACUGACCAAGUCCAGUUUAGACCUGGAGGUGCUGAACCAGGUGAGCCCUGGCACACUGCUCCCACUUGGGCGCUGUCAGCUCGGCAUCCAGUUCUCAGGCACUGGCCCUCAACACUGGCAACAGAUGCUGGAUAAUCCACGCAAACAGAUCGCCAUGUGGCAUCCUUUGCAUGCUUAAAUGCUAAUAAAAUGCUAACUACUGUACAUUAUGCAUAGUUAAAUGUUGUUUGUUAUUCUUCUGUGUAAUAAUAUGUGUCAUUAUAAUCUUUUAAAUUUUUAGGAUCAACAACUCAACUUAACCACAGGCUAACAUGUUACUGUCACUGAUACACUGAUUCUAUAGGGACAAUGAUUAACAGAUCAUUAUAAAAGGAUGAAUAUCCUACCAUAUAUAUACAAGUAUAUAAAGUAGCAUAUUUAGCCCUAGUGAUUGCAUUACAUUCCACAGCCAAAACAAAAUGAAGUCACUGGCUAUAUUUAAACCAAAACCUAGUAGUAGAUCUGGAUUAUUGUGGUUUCUUUAGCCAUUCAUCCAAUCUAUCGGAUGAAAGUUUUUUGUUCCAAGCAAAUAAACAAAUGGUCAGUUUUCAUCUGCAUAUGAACAGAUUUAAAGCUUUUGUGGAACUUGCUCAAAAGAGGACAGGGCACAUUAAAUACAACUGCAAUAAAACGACUCCCUGUCCCUUGGAGUCAAAUAUUAAGCAUACCAUCAUUCCUUGUAUAUGUAAUAACAACUGUAUUAAUGAUAAUAUGAAGCAACUUAUUAACACUUGAUAUAUUCUUGAUAUAUACUCUUUACUUAUUUUUGGAUAAAUUAAGCAGAUUGAUGUAUCAGUGUAGAAUUUUCUGUCUUGUAUAUAAACA